AUCAGUUCUAACAUGCGCAGGGAUGAUUUUGGUCAUGGCCACGAAGAGUCAUGUAAGUGUAAAUUGAUCUUUGCAUCCAAGUCUGCAUGGGGAAGGUGACAGCACUCCUCGGGCCGACCCCUUCCCUUCCUGCCAGAUCAGGAGGGCCAUCAUUGGCCAUCAUUGGCCAUAAUUGCAGUAAAUGACAGCCGCUAGGUCUCUUUCUGAUUCACUUGCCAAUUCCCCUCCUUCAGAUCGCUGAGAGUCGCUUCGACCUUCAUAAGAUGACCUGGCUGCCCACUUGCACCACUCGCCCGGUGCUCUUCUGCAAUUCAAGUGGCACAAGGCCACUACGGAAGCUCAAGUGAGUUCUUGAGAAUAUCGAGAUGUACAAUUUCGUCCAUAUCUGGCUGUUCUGCUUGAUAUCUUCAUGCAGUGCUUCUCCACUUCUCAUUGCAGCAUCUCGCUCGACACAUGACAGUAUUUCCAACUGUACAUGCGGUACUCGCGCAGAAAGCGCGCAGUUAGUCGAUGUUUGUACAGGCCAGCCCAGUAACGGCAAUCCCACAAACAUACCUCCGGGCGAAAUCAAAGCCCAGAAAGCGUUGACCGAUACACAAGUCGCUUACCUCACCAUCGUGAACGGAUGCAACCAAGACUUCGAAUUCGUAGGGGCCAACCAAUGGCAAAUGAGAAACUGGGAUGGGCAGUGGGUGACGAUUCCAGCUGGAGAGUCUGCACAAUUCGACAUCAACUUCGUCCAAGGUCUUUUUGUGAAAGACAGCGACACAGGCGGCGAAGCCUACUUUCGGAUCAAGAACACGGAAAGGAAAUUCCACGUUUCUGCCGAUUAUGCCUCCAGCAUGUCUCCCAAGUUGAGAGCACGUAUCAGCUACGACGGACUCGGCACCAAGGAUACUCCGCAGGGAACAAUGUUUGACCUAGGCUUUCCGACCAAGAGGAACGGAAACACACUCGAAUGGGUCCUGACAGGAAGUGAGAGCUAUGGGUACUGGUCAAGUGCAAACCCGCCGGUAGCCUAUCUCCAUGCAAUGCUGGACGUUAUUGGGGAAAGGAAGCUCAAAUACGUGACUAUGAUUGGAAGUCACGAUGCAGGCAUGAGUGAAAUAGAUGGUUCUACGGCAUUUUCUACCUGGCAAAACACGCAAACGCAGUGGCUUGAUGUCUACGGACAGCUGGUGCGCGGCUCCCGCUGGUUCGACAUUCGCCCAUGUCUUGGGAAUAGUGGAAAGCAUAUGACGUGCCACUAUUCGGUGUCACCAAACGGGGCUGUUGGUUCCAACGGUCUUGAGGUGGACGAGAUUAUUUCGCAAAUCAACAGAUUCAUGGACGAGUACCCAGGAGAACUUGUCAUCAUCGACCUCAACAGUGAUUCUGGCUUCGACACAGACCAUCGUACUCCUGAGCAGUCAUACAACAGACUUACGGACGACCAGUGGAGAUCCAUCUGGCAGAAGUGGCGGGAUGGCAUCAAAAAACCAUGCAAAGGCUUUGACAGUGUCGCUCGUUUAGACGAUCUUACCAUGAAUCGGCUCAUUGGUGACGGCCAGGGGUGUGUGAUCACCCUAUUUCGCAGCAUUCCAGCAACGGAAGACGCAAAUAAGGGAUUUUACGGAUAUGGAAAGCUCAACGCAUAUAACAGAUAUGCCGAGACAGACGAUUAUGAGACGAUGCGCGCAGAUCAACUUUCAAAGCUGCAGCAGAACCGAAAACUCGGCAAAGAAGGCGAAAGUGGAACGAACGACGGAUUCUUUCUCUUAUCUUGGACCAUGACUCUGGGUGCCAAUGACAUCGUUACUCCUCUAGCUGACCGCGCUGCUAUUGCUCAGAGUAGCUUGUUUUGGUCGGGUUUCCAUGAGUUUACGCCAUACUCCUUUCCUAAUGUCAUUUAUGUAGAUUUCGUCGGGCAGCCGUAUCUACUUGAUCAGGGGAAGACCCAAGCCGAAUAUUUGAAGCAGACUGGAGGCCACCUUACAGCUCUAGCUAUGGCUGUUAACUUGCAGAUUGCAAGCCAGAAUUGCUAUAUUGGCGGUGGCAAGAUAUAAGAGAGUAGCACAAAAUAAAGCCGUUUCUAAACUAUAACGCCAACAGAUCUUGUAAAAGGGUCCUUUAAGCUAGCAACUUCGUUUCUAUUUCCACAACUAGCUAAUCGCUCUUAUCAUCACCUCUACUAUAGUAAAUAUGCUAGCACUAACAAGUAUAACUCUUAAAAGAGUUUGUCUAAUUUCCUUCUAAAAACCCCUUGACCCCUCUACUUGAAAUAUCUACC